AUGGACGAUAUGUUCGGUGCAUGGAACUGGAUGAAGACUUGCUGCAUUGGUGCUUCUCUGCGGAGUCGGAUGGAUCGAGCUCUGGAUGAAGGCGGCAUGCAGACAGAUGUCCACACCGAAUUUACUGAGGCGCUUCAAGUACAACACCCUGACAAGAUCGCGGAUGCGCAGGAACGCAUCUCAACAUGGGAAGCGUGCGAUCAGUUGAAAGCACCGAACACUCGUUGUCCAUACUACACACCAAAACUAGGGCUAUCAAUCGCGCAAGUUAAUCUGCAGACCGAAGAAGCAGCAGGCUCUGCCACGUGUGAAGUGGCGCGUGCACUCGCAAAAGAAGAUGCGGUGCUAGCCGAUUGCCUUCUACGCGGCCUUCGUGCCGAAGAUGAAAGAGCGCGGAUAGCUGCCAAACAUGAUGGCGAGAGCGGAACGGACAAGCAGGCGACAACGAGAACUACGAUGCUCAAGAACCUCGCGUUGACGAUCGCGGACUUCCGCACUGUACAAGAACACGCUAUGUCCGCGACAUACACUGCCCUUUCCACCAAUGAACGCGAUCCAACCCCAAAGACCGCCAUGACAGUCGCGCUUGGUAUCCCCUCGGACCCUUUGGACGGUGACAGGACCCUCGUCUCUGACGCCGCAAGAGCGAUGGAGGCCAAAUAUCGCUGGGCGUUGAUGCAGGACGAGCUUGACCGCCUACUGCACCAAUUGCGCUUGAAAGGGUGCCUUUACAAGCACAGAGUAGCGCAAGUGACAGGUCAGAAGGCGUCUACCAGAUCACACACCGCUCAGGCUGCUGUCAGCGCCAACGUAAAGAAGGCUGCAGACGCAUACAGACGGCAUCGUGCUGCCUAUGAAGUCUUGGUUGGCGAUGGCUCCUGGAAAGACGUCAUGCGCGACCUGAAGGACUCGGAAUGCCGCCCUCUCGGCGAUAGGCUUAUUGAACAGAUGGAGAAGAUGGCAGAGCGUAAGAUCAAGAAGUUUCUCGAAGGGAAGUCUACGGCCGAUACAUCCGGCGAAACAGCCUACAAACUGCCGUGGAUCUGGUACAGCUGGGGCGGAAAAACUGGUACUGAGAUCACAGAACAACUGAUUGUCGAAUGGGCCAAAUCUCGUGCACGCGCUCAACACUGGGUGCAGGAGGUACGACUCGUUGAGGCCGAGAUGCAACGCGUCAUUGACUACAGCGAAUCAAUGGCGGUGAUAUGGGACGCACGCCGGGACUAUAACGAGACCGUUGACCUUGGUCCCGACCAGAGCUGGGUCUGUGACGAUGCAUGGACUGAUGGCAUCCGGGCGUAUGCGUCGAAGCAGGCGUACAUCCGACGGGCGCAUGCGUCGAGGUGGACACAAGAGUUCGUCCAACUGCGGAUGGAGGCACGCAGAUUUCUGUCUGUCCACACAGAUGAUGGCCUUUCUAUAGAGCCUCUGACCGUGCUGUCAGCUGACGAGGUUGAGGAUAUGCGGCAGCGUGCGAAGCUGAGACGCGAGAGGCGAAGCAAAGCAAAACGCGCCAACGUUGUCGACGCGGAUUCUGACGCAGGGGCCGAUGAGGCCAAUUUGGAACUGUUUGAGGAGGACAUGGCGUUACAGAAGGAACUGGAUGCAUUGGCAGCCGGCUUCACAGAUGGUUCCUUUGGCUCCAACAAGGGGUUUCACGGGCGAAAGCCGAAGGCUCGCGGAGGUGGCGCAACAACGCGUCGAAAGAGGUAA